AGACACCUCCAUUCAUGAAAAGCGUGACGUGAGCAGGUCCUCAGCGACACUGAGAGGAUCCACGCCGCCCACCGACUCACAGCUCAGGUGCUGCGGGAGUCACAGGGAUGCCUGCCUGUUUCCCCCUCUGUCCCUUUCUGGACGUUUCUUCCUGGUCUCUUCCUAGUUUUCCUCCCCAGGGUUUCCAAACUGACCUCCAUCCCAUCCUCAGAGCCGAGACGGGACCAUGAAUCUGAGCCGUGUCUGCUGUGUUUAUCAGCAUCCAGAGAAACCAGUGCGUUAGGACGCAUCCCUCCCACUGAAACGCGGCUGCCCACUCACAUGCACGACACCAUGGGCAGCUCCCCAGAGGUGCUUUCCUGGACUUCCUGCCCCAGUCUUUUGGUGGGGAAGCUGAAGGAAGAGCUUAAACUCACUGUGGUUGGGGACAACAUGAAGAAAUCCAACUCUCCUAAAGCGCAGCCUCAUCCUCCUCAGGCCUUGCCUCCUACUUUACCUCCUCAGAUCAUCACAGACCUCGCCCCGCCGACGAACCUGCCCGUUCCCCUGCACACUCCCGGCCAGGAUGAGGACUCCGUUUUGGGGGGCAUCAGCCCAGGAAACAUAGCCCUGAGUGUGGACUCAACGCGGAGUGAAGGUGGACACUUCGAUAACAGCGUGCUUCAGCUGCAGGAGCAGGAGGAAGCCGGUUCACCUGCUUCCUGUGAGCACGGUGGCUGUGGGAGUGGCAUGGAUGAGCAGGGAGAAGGAGACUGUCCGGUUGACCGAAGCGAAGAGGGGAGGCCGAGCCACCCGCGGCACCCCGACGACAUCAAGCUGCACUUCCAAAGAGCCGGGCCUGGGUCUGGAGGCUUCCUGGAGGGGCUGUUCGGCUGUCUUCGACCCGUCUGGAACAUCAUUGGGAAAACGUACUCCACAGAAUACAAGCUGCAGCAGCAAGACAUGUGGGAGGUCCCGUUUGAGGAGAUUUCCGAGCUGCAGUGGCUGGGCAGCGGCGCCCAGGGAGCCGUCUUCCUUGGCAAGUUUCGCUCCGAGGAGGUGGCCAUCAAGAAGGUGCGGGAGCAGAAGGAGACGGACAUUAAGCACCUGCGAAAGCUCAAGCACCCCAACAUCAUCAGCUUUAAAGGGGUGUGCACCCAGGCGCCUUGUUACUGCAUCAUCAUGGAGUACUGUGCGCAGGGUCAGCUGUAUGAGGUGCUGAGGGCUGGGAGGAAGGUGACCCCCAGGCUGCUGGUGGACUGGGCCACAGGAAUCGCAGGUGGCAUGAACUACCUGCACCUACACAAGAUCAUCCACAGAGACCUCAAGUCUCCCAAUGUUUUAGUGACCCACAACGACACUGUGAAAAUUUCUGACUUUGGAACGUCCAAGGAGCUCAGCGAUAAAAGUACAAAGAUGUCAUUUGCGGGUACGGUGGCGUGGAUGGCCCCAGAAGUCAUAAGAAACGAGCCUGUGUCUGAAAAAGUAGACAUCUGGUCAUUUGGAGUUGUGUUAUGGGAGCUGCUCACAGGAGAAAUUCCCUAUAAAGAUGUGGACUCGUCCGCCAUCAUUUGGGGCGUUGGUAGCAACAGCCUACACCUUCCUGUCCCUUCUACCUGCCCAGACGGAUUUAAAAUCCUCAUGAAGCAAACAUGGCAAGGGAAGCCGAGGAACAGGCCUUCGUUUCGUCAGAUCCUCCUUCAUCUCGACAUCGCCUCUUCUGAUGUGCUGGGAACUCCUCAGGAGACCUACUUCAAAUCUCAGGCAGAGUGGAGGGAGGAGGUGAAGAAGCAUUUUGAGAAGAUCAAAAGCGAAGGCACUUGCAUCCACAGGCUGGACGAAGAGCUGAUCCGCCGCAGGAGGGAUGAACUCAGGCAUGCUCUGGACAUCCGGGAGCACUAUGAGAGGAAGCUGGAGAGAGCCAAUAACCUCUACAUGGAGCUCAGUGCCAUCAUGCUGCAGCUGGAGGUCCGAGAGAAGGAACUGAUGAAAAGAGAACAGGCAGUGGAGAAGAAAUAUCCGGGCAGCUACAAACGUCACCUGGUCCGGCCCAUCGUCAGAUCCAACGCUAUGGAGAAGCUCAUCAAGAAAAAAGGAAGCAUCUCACACAAACCUGGAAUGCCGAACACUAAAAGGCCGGACCUGCUGCGCUCUGACGGCAUCCCCAGCAUUGACCCCCUCCCCUCACCCUCGCCUCUGUCAGGCAGCCCCAAAGUCUCCACUCCCCCUGGGAAAUCCCGCUACAGAAGCAAGCCUCGCCACCGCCGCGCUAACAGCAAAGGAAGCCACAACGAGUUCCCCGGCGCCUUGAAGUCCAUCGCCGGGGCCUCAGAAGACACCCAGUCUUUGCAGGAGACACCAUUCCAUCAUCACCACCAUCACCACCACCACCCACCUCCUGAGGGCCAGUUUCUUCCCCUGAAAGGCCGCGAGGAGGCCGUUGUCAACUGUGCCAACAAUCUGCGCUACUUCGGCCCCGCUGCCGCCCUCCGCAGCCCUCAGACCGACCACCUGCAGCGCCGCGUCUCUGACUCCAGCCCUGACCUCAUUUCCACAGCCGUGGAUGCCGACACGCGGCAGCGGACUUCCUCCACCAGCUCCAACCCCAUACCAGGUGCUGGUUUAUUAUGCCCCUGCUGCCAGGCCCACCCUCUUCCCGGCUGCUUGCACUGUCAGGAGACCCCUCCCACACUAAGCCAACCAGAACUGCCGCACUACUCGCUGCUCAGCACCCAAGAACACAACCAGUCCUGUCUGGGACCUCCUAAUAAAGAGGCACACUCAAAAGGAGAGGACACUAAUAACACUGCCCUGCAGGAGCAGGAGCUAACCCAGCCCAAACAGCCGCUGCCGUCUGCUCUGCCCCGCACCCUCAGACCCCUCAGAAAGGGUGAUGAGUCAUCUGAAGAGGAGGAGGGAGAGGUGGACAGCGAAGUAGAGUUUCCACGGCGACAGAGACCCCAUCGCUGUAUGAGCAGCUUCCAGUCCUACUCCACCUUCAGCUCAGAGAACCUGUCUGUGUCUGACGGGGAGGAGGGAAACACCAGCGACCACUCGCACAGCGGACCUCUGGAGAAGCUGAGCGCCAGUCAGGAGGAGCACCUGGACGAGCUGCUGUCGCACACGCCGGACAUCCCCAUCGACAUCUCCACCCAAUCCGACGGCCUCUCCGACAAGGAGUGCGCUGUGCGCAGGGUGAAAACGCAGAUCUCACUGGGGAAACUGUGCUCCGACGAACACAGCUAUGAGAACCCGCUGCAGUUCGGGGACUCGGACUGUGACUCAUCAGAGGCAGAGUGCUCCGAUACGACCAUCAGAAACAACAAAGUCGGGGCUCCGUCGUCGUGGUGAAAGUGCCUGCAGGGCGUCGGAUCGAUUUUUGUGUUUUUAAUUUAGCCUGGUGGCCACCGUGUCCUAAUUAGAGGGCUCCUCAGAAAACACAGCAAUAAGAGGACAUCAUAGUGAACAAAACUCCCCCUAUAGUCCAACGUAA